AAUAAUAAAUAUGGCGUCGCUGCUUUGUGUACUGCUUGCUGUCAAAUUUCAGUGCAAUAAAUAGAAAGACUGCAAUCAAUUUCAUAAUAUUAGUAAAAUAUAUGUGAUUGUUACGGUGUAAGUGCAAUAUUAAAGCCAAGCGUCGAUAAUGUAAAGUAUAUUCAUACAAGAAGCGCAGUUUUAUUGAAAAACUUUGAAGGAGACCAAUGAAUAACAAUGAUAUCGAACCGAGAAGAGGGCCCCGUGUACUACAGGGAGAUACAGAAGAACGGAUAUCUUAAGCGCAUCCCCAAUGAGCCGAGCGGCAAGCUCAGGCCACUGGGGCAUAAGAAACCGCCCCUCAAAGCGAUGUGGACGCUCUUCUGCGUCCACAACGGCCGGACGCCGUUCCUCGAGCAGUACCCAAGCCCUGAGUCCCCGGCCACGUUAACCCACAAGCCCGCUUGGCGAGCCUGCCUCAAGACAGCUAGACAUGUUACUGCGAGUGUCAAGCCACAUACUGGUGACGAGUAUGACUUCCUUGUUGACACGGACCAAGGUCCCGUGCGGAUGCUGGCGCCUGACUGGGAAUCCAUGCAGGACUGGGUGACGCUCCUCCGCAGCAAACUCCACGAGCUGAAGAUCCUCUCUAAAGGAGAGAAUGUGUACACCGCGCCCUCGGCGCCCCCCUUGCCGCCCUUGCCCCGCGCCGGCACGCGCGACCCCACCUCCCCGCUGCCCCCCACCCCGCCCGUGCCCCCCGACAGAGUACCGGGCAUAGAGCUAACCAUACCCACCCGGGCCAUUGAACCCGAACACCACAACGAGCAUCCCGAAUCACCAGCAACCAUAGAACCACCCGUAGAACCCAUAGACAUCUCCAACUGGGACGAGCCGCAGCCCUUCACGUCUCUACCGAGCACUAGUCAGGACAUACCAAAGACAACCAAGAUAUGUGGCCAGAAUAUUUGCUUGGACGAUUCGGUGUUGAGAAGGAAUAAUACGGAUAGCGAUGAAGAAUUCUUCGCGGAAAUAGAUCGGAUAAGCGAGGAAGUGGAGAAUAAUGGAGAAGAAGUUAAGGAAUAUAAGCAGACGGUGGUUGUUGAGGCUACUGCUGAAGAAACUCCGAGCGACUACCAAGGCACAAACAUAACCGUGAUACAAGUAUCAAAUAAGGAGCCUCCGCACACCGCCAUACCUGUCCUCAGCCCUGAAACAGAAUACUUCCACUUCAACAUACAAGAACUCUACGAAAACGAGCCCAAAGAAAACUACAUCAACAUAGUCAACACAGAAACUGAACAGAACGGCUACGGAACGGUUUAUAAAGAAUCAGACUAUGGACACAUAAGUUUAACAACCACGGUCAACUUAAACGGAGACAAGAGUAUAUAUGAACGGUUAUGUCAAGCGUCGACUUCAACUGAGAGAUCACCUUUACCUGUCCGAAGGAUAAAAGCUUUAGAGAAAGUUAGAAAGUCUUCGCUACCCAAUAUGGAGACUUAUGAGUGUUUGUAUCCAAGCAAUUCUAGCUCGAAUCAAGUGCAAGUCGAUGUGAAUAGUGGUCAAAAUUGUGUGAACAGUGGCAAUUGUGUGAACGGGAACUCGGUGACUGUGAGUGUGGAUUCUAGUGUGAGGGUGGUGAGGCCACCGAGGCCGGUGGAAAGGUCCCAUAGCAACGCUUGUGAGAGGACUCAGAGCCCCAAGAGAGAGAGGAACGAUAAAAACCAAGACGGGAGCCAAGGCAAGCCAAUAUGGAAGCGUGGUUUAACGGAGCUAUCUUUGCUGAGUCGGCUAAGAGGGCUCGGACAGGGGCGCCGGCUGGACAGCCCCACGAGACACGACGACGACAGGAGCGCCACAGUGGCAGUGAAGGUGGUGCGGCGGUCGCGGCCCGAGGGCAGGGUCGACGGCACGAGGCGUAGAAGUAGCUCCCUCAGCAACGAUCACUCCCCCCCCUCCCGUCUACCCCCCGGCCUCCGACCGUUGCGACAGCGCCAAGCCGCCGCGCUGCUGGCCGAGCAACGCCGGGGGGCGGCCGUAGCUAGCAGCAUACCUAUAGCCCACCCGCCCACGUUUGUGGACUAUAAUAGAAUGGUUUGGGUGGGGCGGUGGGGCGGCGCCGGCGCUUGGUGCGGGGGGCGCUCGGGGGACCGCGUGGCGGCGCUGCGGGGGGUCCUACCACGAGACGCGCAGCACGCCAGGACGCUCUUCAAGGACGCCCGCACCAGAACGGUGGAUAUAUUGUUUCAUCGCGUCCCGCUUGGCAAGAUAUAUGUAUUAAAUAAACGGGACCACGAGAAAUUAGGUAUAAAACUAGACAGCGAAUGCAACAUAACCGGCGUCGAACCGCACUCGGUGUGUGCGCGUGCCGGACUGCCACCACCGGGCCGCUGGGCCCUCACUGAGGUCAACAACCAACCGCUCAGCCUGCUCAAGGGAUGCGAAGAAGAGAUGAACCGUAUAGCCGCCCACGGGACUGAAGUGUCAGUACUAAUUCAGCCUUCGGCCCUCGUCAAGAAAAUACGCGCCGCGCUCAAGCCGAACAAGACUCUACUGGGCUUGAGAUGAGGCUCAUAAUCGUAUGGCAUGUACUGUCAGCUGCAGAGAUAACUGAUCCC